AUGGACUACAGACCUCGCCAUCCACAGCCAUUCACGCUUACCGAAGCCACACAGCUCGAGGUGCCGAUCAUAACCGAAGAGAUCGCGCGUCUGCAGAACUCGCUGAGCCACCUCCAACGGACUCAAGAUGAACUGAAAGAACACAUAACUGCGACUGAGGCGGGAGAUACCGUCUUGGAAGAAGCCUACACGGAUAAUUCCAGAGUAAUAGCGUCCCAGCAAGAACGGAUAGCUAUCUUGAAAAUGGCAUUGUCCAACAAGGGCAUCCCAUAUUCAAGUCACUAUGACAUUGGUUCCCAGUCCCAAGGCACUGGGCGCAGCAGUCCAGGAGCUCCAACGACUCAUGCCAUGACAGAACGUUCCGCAGACGACAGAGGGAUUGACUUGUAA